AUUUUUGCUAGUCAGCUGUUUGCUAAAUUUGAGUGUAACCAGGGGCGGACUGACCAUUUGGAAACUCGGGCACUGCCCAAGGGCCCGGGGUCAGUAGGGGGCCCCAUGAGAUGCCCCUGGUACCUUUUUCAUAGGCUUUUUUUAGUUUGGGCAAGGACACAGGGGCCCUAUUGUCUGGGGGCCCCAUAAGUUGUCAGUCCACCCCUGAGUGUAACAUGUAUCACGGUGUAAAAAGGUGAAGUUAGCCUUGAAUCUGUAAGUACAUUUUUGUAAUUUUUUGUAGAAGGAGAUUCACACAAACCUUUUUCAUAGGAUUUUUUGAGUUUGGGCAAGGACACAGGGGCCCCAUGAUGCCCUAUUGCCCGGGGGCCCCAU